UGUGUUGCGCUGAUUAUAGAGAUCUAGCGAUUGUUAUCAUGAACUGAAUAGUUUUGUGUAAAUAAAAGAUAUUCAGUUUUUUAUAUUAUUGUAUAUAAAUACUUAUCUAACUACAAGUCAAAAUGUCUGUGCACUGGAGUUCCGAGCUGAUGAAAUGGGAGUACCGGGAGUUGCAGGCCACUGCUAUGUCCGUCGAUUUUUCUGGUAACAACGUAUUACUAGCCGGACGGCGAUGGCUAGCGAUUAAGCAAGUUAAUUUGGAAGAAGAUGCUGGUGACAUUAUAAAGAAGUACCCGCGCCACAGCAAGUACGACGCAGCCGGAGCGGAGUGGUGUCAAACAUAUCACGGGCAGAAGCUUUGUGCGAUCGCGAGUAAUCAGCGUGUUGACGUAUACGAAUGGCGGGCAGGCAACGAUCUGACUUGUAUUUGCUCUCUACGCGGGCACACUCGAGUUGUGAGCGACACGCACUUCCACAGACAAGACCACAACCUCAUAGCAACAUGUUCUAUAGAUACUUUCACUCACAUGUGGGACCUCCGGGAUGCAAGAAAACCAGUAAUGUCACUGUGUGCAGUGGCGGGGGCUUCACAAGUUCAGUGGAACAAGGUGGCAUCCCACAUAGUGGCAACAGCACAUGACGGAGACAUCAAAAUAUGGGAUUACCGAAAACACAGUGCACCAUUUCAGUACAUUUCAGCUCACUUAUGCAAAAUCCACGGUGUAGACUGGAGUCCCCACCAUGAAUAUCAAUUAGUGACAUCCAGUCAUGAUGGGAGCAUCAAGUUCUUUGACAUCAAUAAUGCUAGGAGGCCAGAGAAUGUUAUAAACACUAACUUCCCAGUGUGGAGAGCUAUAUAUACACCAUUUGGGAGUGGUUUGUUGACUAUAGGUGUUGGAUGGGGCGGGUUACCUCGGGUGGAGCAAGCUGGGGUCAUUGGUAUAUGGGUGUCAGAUAUCUUAACACACAGGCUCGUGGGACAUACAGACACAGUACAGACAAUGGUGUGGAGGCCAAACACACCUCCAGAUAACUACCAGCUAGUGACAUGGGGCAGAGAUCAAUCUUUAAGGAUUUGGGCAAUGCAGCCCUCUUUGCUGAAAAUGUGCCACCAUUAUUUACCCAAUGAUAGUGAAAUUGAAGAGGACAAUAGUAGUGACACAAUGUCACCAGUUGAAUCGAUGAAUGAUGGAUCUGACAGUACAGGACAAGAUAUACAAAUGACCAAGAUGCCAACCUCAAACUUAAUAUCAAUAGAUGAAGAGUUCGAAUCUAUAAGAGAAAUGGCGAAUAUUGAAGUGACUGACAUGAACACAGAAACAAGGAUAUGUCAGAUACACUCAGAACGCAAUGGAUAUACAGCCAACCUACAAGUGGCAUUCCCUAAAAAUGUACCUGAACAAAUUAUACCAAAGUUCUCCUGGCUCUCAGGUACAAAUAUUGAUAGCACAACAACUAUCAAAAUUCUACAAGCUUUAAAUAGAACAGCCCAUCGCAAGAAGAAGGAAGGCCAAAGGUGUCUGUUACAUUGUCUAAAGACAUUGGCGACAUCUAUUGAUGAGAUUCCAGUUAAAUCUAGUGACGAUUCCGACUCAAUGAAGUCUAGUCAAAGAAGCCAGUCAGAAAGCGAAAACGCCGGCGACGCGUGCAUCCCCUUCCCCCGCACUUCCGGGGCAAAGUGGUGCGGCGUCAGCACGUUAGUUGUGUUCAAUCGUCCGUCGAAUAGUCGGAGACUGUCCUUGAAGCCUGAGGCGGGGACCCCGAGGUCGAUGUCGUCGCUGUCGACUAUUCCUAGCCUUUUCGGGAGCGGUUACGGCUCGGUGUCGCCACACGCCACCACGACGCCGUCGCCGACGAACGCGCCUGGGUUCCCGCAGUUGCUACAUAGGCAUCCGUCUAAUUCUAUCACGACGUUCUACUUUCAAGAUCGUUGGAAAGCGCAAGGCCGGCGCGCCGGCAGCAUGCGCAGUCGCGGCAGCAUCUCUGGGUGCUCACCUAGAGUCGUACUCUACGCGGCGCCCGAUCUGUUCCCUCUGAACCGGGUACUCGCCGAGAAAUACGUCAUUAACGCUGAGGACUCCGUCGAAAUGUGCGAGGCGAAUGCGCGGAUAGCAUCAGCGGAAGGCGAAAGCGAGCUCGCGCACGCAUGGCGGCUAGCCGCGCUGGCGGCGCGGGCGCUCCGCGCGCGACCCACCGACCACUGCGCCUCCAGCGAGGAGAGCAUGGGCUGGGCGCAGCACCCGCUGUGCUGCAGUCUGCUGCAGUCGCUGAUAUCCCACUACGCCAAGGCGUUGGACGUGCAAAUGGCGGCGAUGCUGGCGUGCGCCUUCUCCAUCUUCAACGACACCAACAAGUGGAGCUCGCAGUCCACUAUUAGCAAUUCUAGUUAUGGCAACGGUACAUCUCCAUACAGCACAGUAAACCAAUACAGCGAAAUAGCCGACGGCUGGAUGAAUGUCCGCAGCAACUCUUGCUCCGAGGCCGAGAACUUCUACACGGACUCGAGCGUGUCCAAGUCGGAACGCAUGUCGGCCUGCGUUCUCGACGAGGCCGCGGUGCAUCAGUACCACUGCUUUAAAAGAGUCUACGCGGACAUUUUGCACCGGUGGCAGCUUUUAUACAAGAGGACUGAGGUGAUGAAGCUGGUCCGCGUGCGGCAACCGGCAGUGUGGUUGGGGCCGGAGCUGAGCGCCCUGUGCUGCGGGUGCGGGCGCAGCGCGCGGGAGCGGGCCGCGUGCGCCGCGUGCCGCCGCCUCGCGCUGCGCUGCGCCGUGUGCGCGCGCGGCGUGCGCGGCCGCGCCAUGGCCUGCGCCUACUGCGGCCACGCGGGACACGCCGGCCACAUGCUGGCCUGGUCAGUACCACUCAUAUCUCCGCCUCGCGCUGCGCUGCGCCGUGUGCGCGCGCGGCGUGCGCGGCCGCGCCAUGGCCUGCGCCUACUGCGGCCACGCGGGACACGCCGGCCACAUGCUGGCCUGGUUCGAGAAGCACGACACGUGCCCCACGGGCUGCGGCUGCAAGUGCCUCGUCGACAGCAACGCGUUCUGGAAGGGCGUCAAAUAUGCCUAGAACUAUACAAGUACCCACCUUUCUUAUAUCUUACUAGUUUCUUGAUUUCCAUCGAUUAUCUAAUCUAUAAGGGACGAACGCAAGAAACAAAAUGCGAACAAGAAGCUCGAUAUAUAGCAACAUAGGACCAAUUUCUUGUGUAUUUGCAUCUCACAUUUCGCAUUUAGUAAGAGAGUGAGCCGCAAUGCACAUUAGACCAAGAUAUUGGACAAGUGGUAUACCAACCUUACCAAUAUUUGACACGCCAUAUUACUUCUUGGUAAUUGGACAUCAUGUAAGUCUUUGAUAUUUACAUUUCACAGGCAUAUAAAAAAUUAAACUAAGAGAACUGACAUUAAAGUUUGACAUGAAGUGAUCAAGUCAAAUAUGACCUGGAUUUUAAUACCGAUGUUUCAAGUGGAAACAGUUUCAUACCCCGUUCGGUAAAAUUACUUAGCUGCAAUUUAGUAACAGUAAAUGUUAAAACAAUCUUGCUGGGGUUGAUUUGUAAUGACCAUCAUCAGGAUUUAUUUGUAAAAAUGUAAUAUUUUAGACAUUAUUUGUAUAAUAAAUACCUCCGAAUUUGAGUACAAUUUGUAAUAAAAACACUCGUGUUAUUUUAUAUUUUUAUUAAACAAACUUUUUACAAUUUUAUAAUUAUCCAAUUAGAAUGUAAAGUGCACGUUAUUGUAAGUCGAGUGCGCGUACGAUCCCUAAAAUGUAUGCUUUACUUCAGUCUCGUUCAAGCAUUUCAUAAGAUUCAUUCAAAGCGGUAUUAGGUACGUAUAAUUUGAGGGUCGGUCUAGAUGAGCUAAG